AUGCGUAUUCUGUUCCAUUUUCAAAUCAUCCCUGAACCAGAAAAACGCAAGAAACGUAAAGCCUUAAGUAUUUCUGCACCUUCCUUUUCUCUGCACUGGAGCCUUCCCUCUGGCCAUGUGGAUGGGUUUCAUGUGGAUCUUGUUCCUGACAGUGGCUUUGUUACUAUCACACUUCUUGGAGGUGGAGAGUAUCAGAUUGACGUUUCCAGUGCUGUUCCUGGUACCAGGUACAACGUAGCCAUCUCUUCCAUUUCUGCUACAACAUACAGCUCCCCCGUUAGUAGAACAGUGACAACAAAUGUGACAAAACCAGGGCCUCCAGUCUUCCUAGCAGGGGAAAGAGUCGGAUCUGCUGGGAUUCUUCUGUCUUGGAAUACACCGCCAAAUCCAAACGGGAGAAUUAUAUCCUACAUUGUGAAAUAUAAGGAAGUUUGUCCAUGGAUGCAAGCAGCAUAUACACAAGUUAGAACAAAGCCAGACAGUCUGGAAGUUCUUCUUACUAAUCUUAAUCCUGGAACAACAUAUGAAAUCAAGGUGGCUGCUGAAAACAGUGCUGGCAUUGGAGUGUUUAGUGACCCAUUUCUCUUCCAAACUGCAGAAAGCGCUCCUGGAAAAGUGGUGAAUCUCACGGUCGAGGCUUUUAAUGAUUCAGCAGUAAACCUGAUUUGGUACUUACCUCGGCAACCAAAUGGCAAAAUUACCAGCUUCAAGAUUAGUGUCAAACACGCCAGAAGCGGGAUAGUCGUGAAGGAUGUUUCAAUCAGAGUAGAGGACAUUUUGACUGGGAAAUUACCAGCGUGCAAUGAGAAUAAUGAAUCUUUUUUAUGGAGUACAACCAGCCCUGCUCCAAUGCUUGAUAGAGUUACAACUCCACCACGUACUACUCAUUCUUCCAGCAUGUUGGCGAGGAGUAAGAUGAGCUCUGUGUGGAAAGAGCCUAUCAGCUUUGUAGUGACACAUUUGAGACCUUAUACGACGUAUCUUUUUGAAGUUUCAGCUGUUACAACUGAAGCAGGUUAUAUUGACAGUACAAUUGUCAGAACACCAGAAUCAGUGCCUGAAGGCCCACCACAAAACUGUCUAACUGGCAACAUCACAGGGAAGUCCUUUUCAAUGUCAUGGGACCCACCAAGUACAGUAACAGGAAAAUUUAGUUACAGAGUUGAAUUAUACGGACCCUCAGGUCGGAUUUUGGAUAAUAGCACAAAAGACCUUAAAUUUGCAUUCACUAAUCUAACGCCAUUUACGAUGUAUGAUGUGUAUGUGGCGGCGGAAACCAGUGCAGGGAUGGGACCCAAGUCCAAUAUUUCCGUAUUCACUCCACCGGAUGUUCCAGGUGCAGUAUUUGAUUUGCAAGUUGCGGAAGUGGAAGCCACAGAAGUAAGAAUCACUUGGAAGAAACCACGGCAACCAAAUGGAAUCAUUAACCGAUAUCGAGUGAAAGUAUUAGCUUCCGAGACGGGAGUAAUUUUGGAAAACACUUUGCUCACGGGAAGAGAUGAGUAUAUCAACCACCCCAUGGCUCCAGAAACUGUGAACAUAGUAGAGUCAAUGACAGGAUUAUUUGAGGGCUCCGCGGAGAUGUCUUCCGACCUGUACUCGCUUGCUUCAGUUAUAUAUAAUAUUCAUCCACAUAACUUUCCUGCAAGGAGCAGAGCGGAAGACCAGCCUUCAAUAGUUGGAACUACGAGGAGUCAGUAUAUCGCUGACAUUGCUGCUGAACAGCUGUCUUACGUUAUCAGGAGACUGGUACCUUUCACUGAGCACAUGAUUAGUGUAUCUGCUUUCACCAUCAUGGGAGAAGGACCACCAACGGCUCUCAGCGUGAGGACACGUGAGCAAGUGCCAAGCUCCAUUCAAGUUAUAAACUAUAAAAAUAUUAGCUCUUCAUCUAUUUUGUUAUUUUGGGAUCCUCCAGAAUAUCCCAAUGGAAAAAUAACUCAUUAUACAAUUUAUGCAAUGGAACUGGAUACAAACAGAGCAUUCCAGAUGACUACUGUAGAUAACAGCUUUCUCAUAACAGGGUUAAAGAAAUACACAAAAUAUAAAAUGAGAGUGGCUGCCUCAACCAACGUUGGAGAAAGUUCUCUGUCGGAAGCGAAUGACAUCUUUGUGAGAACUCCCGAGGAUGAACCAGAAUCAUCACCUCGAGAUGUUGAAGUUAUUGAGGUUUCACCUCGUGAGAUAAGUUUGAAGUGGUCACCACCUGAGAAACCCAAUGGGAUUAUUGUUGCUUAUGAAGUACUCUGUAAGAAUACAGAUACCUUAGUUACGAAGAACACCUCAACAACAAACAUAACUUUAAGAGGCUUGAAACCUUACACCCGCUAUAACAUUUCAGUAAGAUCGUACACCAGAUUUGGACAUGGCAGUCAGUUGUCUUCUUUACUCUCCGUUAGCACUUCUGAGACGGUGCCUGAUAGUGCACCAGAAAAUAUUACUUACAGAAAUAUUUCCUCUGGAGAGAUUGAGCUAUCAUUUCUUCCCCCAAAUAGUCCCAAUGGAAUUAUUCAAAAAUAUACAAUUUAUCUCAAGAAAAGUGAUGGAAAUGAGGAAAGAACUAUAAAUACAAGCUCUUUGACCCAGAGCAUUAAAGGACUGAAGAAGUAUACCCAAUACAUGAUUGAGGUGUCUGCUAGCACACUCAGUGGUGAAGGAGUUCGGAGUUUACCUAUAAGUGUGCUAACGGAGGAAGAUGCUCCUGAUUCUCCCCCACAAGAUUUCUCUGUGAAACAGUUGUCUGGUGUCAUGGUGAAGUUGUCAUGGCAACCACCCCUGGAGCCAAAUGGAAUUAUCCUCUAUUACACAGUUUAUGUCUGGGAUGUGUCCUCAUUAAAAACUGUUAAUGUCACUGAAACAUCAGUAGAGUUGUCAGAUUUGGACUAUGAUGCUGAAUAUAGUGCUUAUGUAACAGCGAGCACCAGAUUUGGUGACGGGAAAAGGAGAAGCAGUAUCAUUCACUUUCGAACCCCAGAGGGAGCACCAAGUGACCCUCCCAAAGAUGUUCACUAUGCAAACCUCAGUUCUUCAUCAAUCGUUCUUUUCUGGAAACCUCCUUCAAAACCUAAUGGGAUUAUCCAGUAUUACUCUGUUCACUACAGAAAUACUUCAGGGACUUUCAUGCAGAAUUUUACACUCCAUGAAGUAACCAAUGACUUUGACAAUAUGACCGUAUCUGCAAUAAUAGAUAAACUGGCAAUAUUCAGCUACUAUACAUUUUGGGUAACAGCAAGUACUUCAGUUGGAAAUGGGAAUAAAAGCAGUGACAUAGUUCAAGUAUAUACAGACCAAGACACACCUGAAGGACUUGUUGGAAACCUGACUUACGAGUCCAUGUCCUCAACUGCAGUAAAUGUAAGCUGGGGCCCUCCGUCUCAACCAAAUGGUCUAGUCUUCUACUAUGUUUCUCUGAGCUCAGAGCAGACGCCUCGCCACGUGAGACCACUUCUAGUUACAUAUGAGAGAAGCGUGUAUUUUGAUAAUCUGGAAAAGUACACUGAGUACAUAUUAGAAAUUACUCCAUCAACAGAAAAGGGAUUCUCUGAUACUUAUACUGCCCAGCUACACAUCAAAACUGAAGAAGAUGUCCCAGAAACGUCACCAAUAAUCAACACUUUUAAAAACCUUUCCUCUACCUCGGUUCUCUUAUCAUGGGAUCCCCCAGUAAAACCAAACGGUGCAAUAAUAAGUUACGAUUUAACUUUACAAGGACCACGUGAGAAUUAUUCUUUUGUUACUUCUGAUAACUAUCUCAUCCUGGAGGAGCUUUCACCAUUUACAUUAUAUAGCUUUUUUGCUGCUGCAAGAACUGUAAAAGGACUCGGUCCUUCCAGUGUUCUUUUGUUUUACACAGAUGAGUCAGUGCCUUUAGCACCUCCUCAAAAUUUGACUUUAAUCAACUAUACUUCAGACCUUGUAUGGCUGAAAUGGAGCCCGAGUCCUGUUCCAGGCGGUAUUGUUAAAUUAUAUAGUUUAAAAAUUCAUGAACAUGAAACAGAUACUAUAUUUUACAAGAAUAUUUCAGGUUUGCAAACUGAGGCCCAAGUUGUUGGACUGGAACCAGUCAGCACCUAUUCUGUCAGCAUAUCUGCCUUUACCAAAGUUGGAAAUGGCAAUCAAUUCAGUAAUGUAGUAAAAUUCACAACCCAAGAAUCAGUUCCAGAUGUUGUACAGAACAUCCAGUGUGUGGCAACUAGCUGGCAGUCAGCUUUAGUGAAGUGGGAUCCACCCAAAAAGGCAAACGGAAUAAUUACACAUUACUUGAUAACAGUUGAAAAGAAUGCUACAAAAGUCUUUCCUCAAGAUCACAUGUACACAUUCAUGAAACUUUUUGCCAAUACCUCGUAUGUCUUUAAAAUAAGAGCUUCAACUUCGGCUGGUGAAGGUGAUGAAAGGACAUGCAACGUCAGCACACUACCUGAAACAGUUCCCAGUGUUCCCACAAAUAUUACUUUUGCUAACAUUCAGUCAACUAGUGCCACGUUGACAUGGAUGAGACCUGACUCUAUCUUUGGCUACUUUCAAAAUUAUAAGAUUACUACUCAGCUUCGGGCACAAACGUGCAGAGAAUGGGAAUCUGAAGGAUGUGUUGAACAUCAAAAAAUUCAGUACCUCUAUGAAGCUGACCUAACAGAAGAGACAAUAUACGGAUUAAAGAAAUUCAGAUGGUACAGAUUCCAAGUGGCUGCCAGCACCAGUGCUGGCUAUGGCAACGCCUCAGACUGGAUAUCUACGCAAACCUUACCUGGCCCUCCAGAUGGACCUCCUGAAAAUGUCCUUGUAGUAGCAACCUCACCUUUUAGCAUCAACAUCAGCUGGAGUGAACCUGCUGUCAUCACAGGACCAACAUUCUAUCUGAUAGAUGUCCAGUCGGUAGAUAGCGAUGAAUUUAAUAUUUCCUUAAUCAAAUCGAAUGAAGAAAAUAAAACCAUAGAAAUUAAGGAUUUGAAAAUAUUCACAAGAUACUCUGUGGUGAUCACAGCAUUUACUGGAAAUAUUAGUGCUGCAUAUGGAGAAGGAAAGUCAAGUGCUAAAGUGAUUGUCACUACUUUAGAAUCAGUUCCUAAGGAUCCACCUAACAACAUGACGUUUCAGAAGAUACCCGAUGAAGUUACAAAGUUUCAGUUAACCUUUCUUCCGCCUUCUCAACCCAAUGGAAACAUCCAAGUAUAUCAAGCUUUGGUUUACCGAGAAGAUGAUCCUACUGCUGUCCAGAUUCACAACCUCAGUAUUAUCCAGAAAACGGACACGUCUGUCGUUGCAGUGUUAGAAGGACUAAAAGGUGGAUAUACAUACAACAUCAGUGUUUAUGCGAUCAAUAGUGCUGGCGCAGGGCCAAAAGUUGAAAUGAGAAUAACCAUGGAUAUUAAAGCUCCAGCACGGCCCAAAACCAAACCAACUCCCAUUUAUGAUGCCACAGGAAAACUGCUCGUGACUGCAACAACAAUUACAAUCCGAAUGCCCAUAUGUUACUACAGUGACGAUCACGGACCCAUCAAAAACGUACAAGUGCUUGUAGCAGAAGCAGGAGCUCAGCAUGAUGGAAAUGUAACAAAGUGGUAUGAUGCAUAUUUUAAUAAACCAAGGCCAUACUUUACAAAUGAAGGCUUUCCUAACCCGCCGUGUACAGAAGGAAAGACAAAGUUUAGUGGCAAUGAAGAAAUUUACAUCAUAGGUGCUGAUAAUGCAUGCAUGAUCCCUGGCAAUGAAGACAAAAUCUGCAAUGGACCUUUGAAACCAAAAAAGCAGUACUUAUUUAAAUUUAGAGCCACAAACAUCAUGGGACAAUUUACUGACUCUGAUUAUUCUGAUCCCGUUAAGACUUUAGGUGAAGGGCUUUCAGAAAGAACUGUAGAGAUUAUACUUUCAGUCACGCUGUGCAUCCUUUCCAUCAUUCUUCUCGGAACAGCUGUUUUUGCAUUUGCAAGACUACGACAGAAGCAGAGAGAAGGUGGGACAUACUCUCCCCGCGAUGCAGAAAUUAUUGACACUAAAUUCAAGCUGGAUCAGCUCAUCACAGUGGCAGACCUGGAACUGAAGGGCGAGAGGCUAACGCGGCCAAUAAGCAAGAAAUCCUUCCUGCAACACGUUGAAGAGCUUUGCACAAACAACAACCUAAAGUUUCAAGAAGAAUUUUCGGAAUUACCGAAAUUCCUUCAGGAUCUUUCUUCAACUGAUGCCGAUCUGCCUUGGAACAGAGCAAAAAAUCGCUUUCCCAACAUAAAACCAUACAAUAAUAACAGAGUGAAGCUGAUAGCUGAUGCUAGUAUUCCAGGAUCAGAUUAUAUUAAUGCCAGCUAUGUUUCUGGCUACUUAUGUCCAAAUGAAUUUAUUGCUACUCAAGGUCCAUUACCAGGAACAGUUGGGGAUUUUUGGAGAAUGGUGUGGGAAACUAGAGCAAAAACAUUAGUUAUGCUAACACAGUGUUUUGAAAAAGGACGGAUCAGAUGCCAUCAGUAUUGGCCAGAGGACAAUAAACCAGUUACUGUCUUUGGCGAUAUAGUGAUUACAAAGCUAAUGGAGGAUGUUCAGAUAGACUGGACCAUCAGAGAUCUGAAAAUUGAACGGCAUGGGGACUGCAUGGCCAUUCGACAGUGUAAUUUUACAGCUUGGCCUGAACAUGGGGUACCUGAAAGCAGUGCUGCUCUAGUUCACUUCGUGAAGCUGGUUCGAGCGAGCAGAGCGCAUGACACCACCCCUAUGGUUGUUCACUGCAGUGCUGGAGUUGGAAGAACUGGAGUGUUUAUUGCUCUGGACCACUUAACACAACAUAUAAAUGAUCACGAUUUUGUGGAUAUAUAUGGAUUAGUAGCCGAACUGAGAAGUGAAAGAAUGUGCAUGGUGCAAAACCUGGCCCAGUACAUCUUUUUACAUCAGUGUGUUCUGGAUCUCUUAUCAAGUAAAGGAGGGAACCCGCCCGUCUGCUUUGUGAACUACGCAGCACUUCAGAAGAUGGACUCUCUGGACGCCAUGGAAGGUGACGUUGAGCUCGAAUGGGAAGAAACCACCAUGUGAGCAUUCGGCCAGAGGUGCCACUGGAGCCACCUUCGAGUCCCAGGGCCCAAUCACCCUUCGCGCUUCUGAAUUGAAUUGUGCACCCUAAAAUAAAUCCCUACACUUCCCUCA